UUCGCUGCAGUAUGUGCUGUACAUAGCCGUACGUACAUAUAACGUCUUAAUCCAGCUAUAAAAGCAAAUCCCGGUUGGCAAAUUUAAAUUCUCAUAAUUAUUUCCAAUAGUUUUGAACUGACGAUUUAACUAAUCCUAAAAAAUGUUUGAACACUCUUUCCUUUUUUUCGUUUCCGUUCUUGUUCUUGCUCCCAUCGCAGCAUCGCGCAGAAGCGCCGUCCAGGCACCCGACUGUUUUCUCACCAUCAACGAAUUCCAGCUGGGUGCAGAAAAAUUCAAACGGGAAUUUAUUGAAUUGUCAACCAACUGUCGUCCUCUUGAUCUUUCACCUUUCGUGAUCGUAAUGUGGAAAGGCGCCAAGGACAAACCAGCCCGAUUGUCCCACCGCAUCCGCUUCACCCUGGACAGCAACUGUUCAGCUCUAAACCUUAUGCAAACCUCCCUGGUCAUCGGCACUCAAGAUUUAGAAGCGAAUUUAUCCAUUAAGACGGACACGUUAUUCUGUCCAUUCGAUUUAUUUAACGUCAGUACUGAAUGGCCGAAAAACCAGCAUUUCUGGAUCGACAAGGGCUCAUCCAGCAUCAACGCCAUCGUGGUGUAUAAAAAUGUCCCCGCGGAGAAACUCCAGGUCAACAUCAGCAUCAGCGAGGAGACCGCGUUCCGUUCGCACAUCCAGGAUGUGGUGUUCCUCACUAAAGACGGAACGGGACGUAGUCUGAAGGAUUUUCUCCUUCCCGACUACGACGUGGCCAAUGCGAAUCAGAGCAACAAAGGGUACUAUGUUCUGAAGGAGCAGAAAUUACCCGGGAAUCUUUCCGCGGAUACACGAAAGAGUUUCAGUUUUUGUUGUAAGCCGGGACAAGGUCGGGAGGAGCGCAAGUGGCCGAUGGGAUUCAAAUUCGGCAAGCCGUCACCGGGUGAAGAGAACGAUUGUAUCGGAGAGUACUGCUUUGAUCCCAAAGGGAGCACAUUUAACCUCAGCCUGUUUGAUCGGUGUGUCAAGGCAUCGGUGCAUGAAAAGUUUCCGGACGGUAAAAAUGUGUUUGAGGACUUUGUUAAAGAACAUCCCGUAGCAGCCGGCGUUAUAGCCGGUAGUGUGGUAGCGGCAAUUAUCGUGGCGAUCGUUUUGGGCAUCAGCUACCAUCAGCGUCGAAGAAUUCAGGAGUUGCGGAUUAUUAAGCAUCUAUCUCGACAGCGUUCCAUCAAACUGCGCACCGCAUCUGAUGACAGUAUCGACGGAAAUGUGGCCUUUGACAGAAAUGAUCGUAAAUGAGCUUUUGGCAGAGGACCUUGUGAUUAGUUCUGAUAUUGCUGUUAAUUCUGCGCGAUCCCGUGGUUGAAGUUUGCUGGUGCCAGAUAUGUUAUUUUGCAGUUAACUCGGAAAGGAAUAGUGGAAAACUUGGAAUGUAAAACGUGUGUAUUGUACAUGUGUGCUUUCGUUAUUGUUAUGUUUUGCUAACUUUUGUGAAAAAUGUUUAAGUCACAGGAAAACAGUAUUUUUUGUGCAUUUUGUUCAUUGUUACCGCCUAUUGUAUUAUAUGUGUCUGUAUCAUAUUUUAUAUACUCUUUGUAUUUUUAAUUAUACUGUUUAUAUACACUUUCAUCGCAUGGGCCAUAUGUUUACAAUUGUGCACACGCACUUACUGUAUUUUGUGUGUUUCUGCAAAAAUAAGAAAGUACAUU